AUGGAGUACUGGAGGCAGUGCGCGCUCUGGCUCAUCGGCUGCAACGUGCUGCCGCCGAACCACCGCGUGACGGCGGACACGGCGCAGGUGUUCGACCUGGCGCAGACCCUGCGGGACGGGGUCCUGCUGUGCCAGCUGCUCAACAACCUGAGAGCCGACACCAUCAACCUGAAGGAGAUCAAUCUGAGGCCGCAAAUGUCCCAGUUCAAUGACAGCCUUUACAGACAGGAGCACGGUUGUGCCGUGGGAUUUCCAGUGUCACCAAUUACAACCAGUCUCUACUUGGAGGAAAUGGAACAGAGAGUCCUGGACUCCUUCAAGGGAACAUCACCAAGUCACUGGUUCAGAUAUGCAGAUGACACUUUGGUCAGAAUCCAUGCGAAAGAAGCAGAAGCGUUCAUCAAACACAUCAACUCUGUGGACAACAACAUCAAGUUUACCAGCGAAGUCUCCCAGAAAGAUCAAGCCGAGCAGGAGCUGGAGAGGACCAUCAUGGCAGUCUUCGUCUUCAGAGAGAAUUCAAGCCUUCUACAGCAGCCCCAAGACGUUGGGAUUGUCAUUGAUGGUGUGGAAGUCCUCAAUGAGUUGCCUUCUCUUGCAGCUGGAGUGGCAAUGCUCUUUGGACUUUGCUAUGCUCUUAACAUGGAGUAUCCACAGGGUUUCAGGUUCACCUUUGAGGCCCUUCAGAAGAUCCUGAUGGAGCUUGGUUCCAACAAGAUGACUUCCAAGAUUCGCAAACUCAGUGACGAGGUGCUGCCUGCAAAUAUGUACCGUACAUCCAAGCUGGGCUGCAUAAUCUCAGUCAUGUUCGCUGGUUAUCCACCAAACAAACAAGCUUCUGGGGUUAUGGACACCCUUUCCAAGCUCUCUUACACGGCACUUGCUCAACAAGGAGGAUUCAAGCCAUUUCCUAUGGAGGAAAGCCUCAAAGACGAGGACAUCUACAACAACCUGGCCGACCUGAUUGAUGAGAAUGUCCCCGAGGACGAGGACGACCUGUACGCUGCAGUCUAUGGGCUGCAAGAACAGUACGCAGGAGGAGAAAUCUAUGAAGACCUCAUGAAGACGGAGCAGCAUCCGACACUGAAGCAGGCAGAGGUGGAUGUGCGCAGCUGCUGUCUGUCAGAGAUCAAACAGACCGAAGAGCGAUACACUGAGACGCUGGAGUCCAUUGAGAAGUAUUUCCUGAAUCCACUGAAGAAAUUCUUCUCAGCAGCUGAAAUCGAUAAAGUUUUUGUCAACAUUCCUGACCUGGUUAAAGUUCACAAGAGCCUGAUGGUUGAUCUGCAGGAUUCCAUCCUGAACAGAAACGCCUUAAAUCUCUACCAGAUCUUUAUCAACUACAAAGAGAGACUUCUCAUUUAUGGGAUAUACUGCAGUCAGGUGGAGAUCGCCAUCGCAGUCUUAGACCUCAUCUGCAAGGAGAAAGAGGACGUUCGUCUAAAGCUAGACGAGUGCUCCAAAAGGGCCAACAAUGGGAAGUUCACACUGAGGGACCUGCUGGUUGUUCCCAUGCAGAGAGUUUUAAAGUACCACCUUCUUCUGCAGGAACUAGUCAAGCACACGCACGAUCCUGCUGAUAAGAACAACUUGAAGAUUGCUCUGGAUGCCAUGAAAGAUCUUGCUCAAUACGUCAACGAAGUGAAGAGAGAUAAUGAGACUCUGAGGGAGAUCGACCAGUACCAGAGGUCUAUAGAAAACCUGAAUCAGCCACUUAUCACAUUUGGUCGACCAAAGGGAGAUGGAGAGGUGCGCAUAGUUUCCAGUGUUGACAAGAGGAAACAAGACAGACACAUAUUUUUAUUUGAUGUGGCAGCUGUUGUUUGCAAGCGAAGAGGAGACAACUACGAGAUGAAGGACAUUUUGGAUCUCAACUUCUUUAAGGUCACCAACAAUCCGACAUCGGACAGAGAGGGCAAAAAGUGGUGCUACGGGUUCUACGUGACGCACCAGCAGGGCCACGUCGGCUUUGAACUUUUCUUUAAGACCAGAGAGCUGAAGAAGAAGUGGUUGGAUCAGUUUGAGAUGGCAAUAUCAAAUAUCCGACCAGAAAAGGCCAAUCACAACUCCCACCAGUUCAAGAUGCACACGUUUGAAAGAAUCACAUCCUGUACUUACUGUCACCUGUUGCUCAGGGGCAUCUUUAACCAGGGUUAUCUUUGUCUAAAAUGUGGCCUGGGGGCUCAUAAGGAGUGUCUGGGUCGGCUCGGAGUCUGUGGGAGAACAGGCGUUAUGAGGGCCAGAAGAGGUUUACCAAGGAUGAUUGUGAUCAAAGACUAUGGCGGUAUCCCCAGCCCCCAGUGCGGGCCCCCGCUAAGCAUUCAUGCAGGGGAUAUCAUUGAGUUGAUGUUUGCUGACCUGCAAAGCCCCUGGUGGCAGGGCAAAAUUGUGGCAACAAGCAAGACUGGCUUCUUUCCAAGUGAUGCUGUGAGGCCUUGCCCAUGUGUUCCAAAACCUGUCGAUUAUUCUGCACAGCUCUGGUUUGCAGGGCCAAUGGAGAGAUACCAAGCAGAGGUGGAGCUCCUGAACAGAGAAAACAGCACAUAUCUAGUUCGACACAGGAGUAAAGAGUGCAACGAAUACGCCAUCAGUAUAAAGUUCAACGAUAAAAUCAGGCACAUUAAGAUUUUGACCAAGGAUGGAUGCUUUUACAUAGCGGAGAGUCGGCUGUUCAAGACUGUGCUGGACUUGGUAGAGCACUAUAAACAGCACUCUCUGAAGGAGGGUUUCAGCAGUCUUGACACCACUCUGCAGGCUCCCUACAGAGAACUGUCCAAUGGAAACUUGCCUAAGGCCAUUACCAAGGUUGGCAGUGUCUUUUCUCCUAGAGUGGUGGGAGUCGCGGUGGCACGCUAUGACUUCUGCGCCAGAGACACACGAGAGAUUUCUUUACAGCAGGGAGACAUUAUCAGAAUCUACACCAAGAUGUCCAACGGGUGGUGGAAGGGAGAAAGUGAUGGAAGGGUGGGCUGGUUUCCCUCAACAUAUGUGGAUGAAGAGGAUUAA